UGGCCGGGCGGGCGGCACGUGACGGCACAGCUGAUUUCCUGGCCCUUCUCCUCUUGCCCGCCCGCCUGCCCGCCUCUGGAUGCGCUUCCCCGCUCGCAGCCUCGCUCCAGCCUUGCCCUCGAAGGCCUCUCCCGCGCGCCUUCCUCCCGCGACGGGAUCCACGAGCCCGGCCUCAUGGCCCAGGCGGCCCCGGCGGGCGGCCCGCUCAGCAUCCUCGAGCCCGGCUGCCCCAUUCGCGUGGAGCACGACCGCCGGAGGAGGCAGUUCACCGUCCGCCUCAAUGGCUGCCACGACAAAGCGGUCCUCUUGUACGAAUACGUGGGGAAGAGGAUCGUGGACUUGCAGCACACGGAGGUCCCCGAUGCCUACCGCGGGAGAGGAAUCGCCAAGCACCUGGCAAAGGCAGCCUUGGAUUUUGUGGUGGAAGAGGACUUGAAGGCCCACCUGACCUGCUGGUACAUCCAGAAAUACGUGAAGGAGAACCCGCUGCCGCAGUAUCUGGAACGUUUGCAGUCUUAAUGCGGCCGCGGAGGGGUCGGCGCAGCUCCGGGAGAUCCCGAAGGACAGUAACAAUCGGCCUUUUGCCGCUUCUCGGGACGCCGGUUGCAACGUCCGCACUCAAAAGUUCUUAUUUUUGUAACAACGAAGGCGCGGCUCCUCCUCGAUUCUUCCACCUGGUUCUCGCAAUAGUUUGGCUGGGAUCUGUUGUUUACACUCUGGGCUUCUCUUCGAAAGGAGCGGUCGAUCCAAUGCCAAGACCGGAUCUUCUUUUCCUGGGUUCGCCGAUGCCGCUGUGACAACGUUGCUCCUUUCCGUUCUUCAGGAAGGACACUCUUUGCAACUCGGAGUGUUUCUUUGCAACUCAGCCAAGUCGGGCAAACUGGACGAUGAGAGCUCCCAACGUAGGACGAGGAGACGGUCUUGUGCGCGCCCGGACACAUUUUGGGGAGAGUAAGAAAUAAAACUCACACUCUUUGGAGGAGAAGGAAGGGGCUUUUUGGUGCUAAACGCAAUAAACACUUGACUUUAAGGGC